CACAGAGAGACGCGAUGCCGCCUGCGCUGUUUCCCGGCGACCGGUGACUCUCGCGAGACGCGCUCAUUGUUAGGUCGCACCUGUCAUGACAGCAUGGUGACCGACGUUCCGCUACCGUUCGCCGGACCGCGACGCCGAAUACUGCGCACGGUGCUCGUCUGCUCUUCCUUUCUCUUCUUUUGCUCCUUCGCCUUCUCGUCAACGGCGGCGUCUUCACAGAUACAGAUUGACGAGUCCGUGCCAGUGGAGGAGGCGACGGUGGUGCUGGCCGAGGUGGCGCGCCUGCCCUGCUCGCUGGAGCCGCCCGACGCCGACGAUCAAGUGGCACUCGUCAUCUGGUUCAAGGACGACAACGCCUCCCCCAUCUACAGCGUGGACGCUCGCGGGCGCGUGCCGUCGCACUGGGCGGACGACCGGCGCCUCGGCGGGCGCUCCUUCUUCCGGCUGGCUGGCGACCGGCCUCCCGGCCCGCACCUGGCCAUUGAGGGCGUGCGCGUCGCCGACGCCGGCUCCUACCGCUGCAGGGUCGACUUCCGCCGAUCGCCCACUCGCAACUCCGUCGUCCGGCUCACCGUAAUCGUUCCACCCGACAACGUGAGCAUCCUGGACGAGCACGGCCGCGUGGUCAAAGAGGUCCUGGGCCCCUAUCCAGAGGGCGCGCAGCCCACCGUGUCCUGCGUCGCCACCGGUGGCCGGCCCAUCCCGCGGCUGUACUGGCGGCUGAACGGCGCGCCGCCGCUGGAGGGCGCCCAGGAGCAGCAGCGGCUGCUGCCGGAGGGCGGCGUCGCGGCGUCGCUGCGGCUGCCGCGGCUGUCGCGCGCCCUCCUGCUCGCCGUCGUCUCCUGCCAGGCCGUCAGCAGCCCCCACGUGCCGCCCGUCGCCGCCAGCGCCGCCGUCCACCUUCUGCUGGAGCCGCUGACGGUGCGCCUGCUGGACGAGAACCGGCCGCUGAGCGCGGGCCGGCAGUACGAGCUUCGCUGCGAGACCGCCGGCUCGCGGCCCGCUGCCACCGUCACCUGGUGGAAGGACGGCGAGCAGCUGCCCGCCGAGCGGGAGACCACGAACGCGGACGGCAACGUGACGACGAGCGUGGCGCAGGUGACGCCGGCGCUGGGGGACGCGGGCCGCCAGCUGUGCUGCCACGCCGCCAACGCCAGAGUGCAGGGCGGCGCCGUCAGCGACUGCUGGACGCUGCACGUCCGCUACAGCCCCGUCGUGUCUCUGGAGCUGGGCAGCAACAUCAACGGCAGCGCCAUCCGCGAAGGCGUCGACGUUUACUUCGAAUGCAACGUGCGCGCCGACCCCUGGAUACACAAGGUCAUCUGGAGGCACAACGGUCGCCUACUGCACAACAACGUGAGCGCGGGCACGCUGCUGAGCAACCAGACGCUCGUGCUGCAGGCGGUGACGCGGAACAGCUCCGGCCUCUACACCUGCGUCGCCAGCAACAGCGAGGGCGACACCGAGAGCAACGCCUUCAACCUCGACGUCAAGUUCGCGCCGGAGUGCCGGCCGGGCCAGCAGCUGGUGUGGGGGGCGGCUCGUCGCGAGGUGCUGCAGGUGCCGUGCGAGGUGGAGGCGCGCCCGCCGGCCCGCCUCUUCCGCUGGGCCUUCAACAGCAGCGCCGCCGCCUCCGAGACGCGCCCGCUGGACGCCGGCGUGACGGCCGCGGCGCCGGGCCGCUCCGUGCUGCAGUACCAGCCCAUGGGCGAGCGCGACUACGGCACGCUGCUCUGCUGGGGCCGCAACGAGCUGGGCGCACAGGCCGUGCCCUGCGUCUUCCACAUCGUGCCCGCCGGGCGGCCGGACGCGCCGCACAGCUGCGAGGUGAGCGGCCGCGGCGCGACCACGCUGCGCGUGACGUGCGCGCGCGGCAGCGACGGCGGGCUGCCGCAGCAGUUCACGCUGGAGCUGGCGGACGCGGAGCGCCGGUUGGUGGCGAACGUGACGAGCCGCGGCCGGCCCGACUUCCUGCUGGAGGGCCUGCAGCCGGGCGCGCGCUACACGGCGCUCGUCUACAGCAGCAACGGCAAGGGCCGCAGCCAGGGCAGCGCCGCCCUGCGGGCUAGACGCAGUAAGCGUCUGAUGUUGCCUGAUCAGCUGUCGUCAGAGAGCACGGAACACUGUUCUCGUGAACUCUUCUUCGAGAUGGAAGAUCAAAGUCUGGGCUGA